GUAUUGUUUUUUGUCUGUCCUUUAAGUCGCUGCGUGUCAAGUGUAAUUUGAUGGAAAUGUCGUCGGUUCAGUGUUUGAGAAGGUUUGUUAAUGAGCGACUAUCUGCAGCAGCUGAAGAAAUAUUUGGAGUUUUUGAAAAAACUGUCGUCGUAUACGAAGAAGAGGUCGUCCGUCAGCGCAGACUGCUGGAUAUCCUUUUAAAGCCUGAGAUAAAGCUGCACAGGACAGAAUACUGUACCCAGGAGAGGAACUCCAGUGUGGACCAAGAAAACCCAGAGCCUCCAAAGAUUAAAGAGGAACAAGAACUACUCAGCAUCAGUCUGCAGGGAGAGCAGCUGGGACUGAAGCAGGAGACUGAAAACUUUAUGUUGACUCCUGCAUCCGUGGGAAGUGAUCGGAGUCAAGACCAGAUUCUGUUUUUGGAUCCGGGUGAACACCAGUGUGCGUCAGGGACACAGCUUCCAGCUAGUAUUUGUAGCAGUUGGCUAAAAAACACACGCUCUGAAGUACCAGAACCAGAUCACCAGCUCCUCUCUGGCAAUGCUAAUGAAACUGAGAGCCAAGAUCACAAAAAAGGCAACAUUAGGAAGAAAAAAUCUGCUAAAGGUGCCAGACGGACUAGAGCAACUAGAUGUAUCAAAACUUCAAUUGCUCACAAGAACACCCAGAGUAACAAAAAGCCUUUCAAAUGUAACACGCCUUACGCAUGCAAAGUCUGUGGAAGGUAUUUCCGUUUCAGACUGAACCGAGACCAGCACACAAGAAGCCACAUAGGCACGAAGCUUUGUGACACUUGUGGGGAAAGUUUCAACAACAGCACAGACUUCACAACGCACAUGAAGCUUCACAAACGAGAGCUUCACAUCUGCGAAUACUGCGGAAAGAAGUUUGCACUCACCUCAUAUUUGAUAAAACAUCUCUGUGUGCAUACUGGGAACAGGCCCUAUGAAUGUCUUGACUGCAACAAAAACUUUUGUAUCAGAUCAGAUUUGACGUUGCAUAGCGUGUUUUGUCCAAUAGCUAUAGCAAAAAAAAGAGCCACAUCACACAGUAAGAACACAUCCCUCAUCCUCCGCACACACCUCUCUUCCUUUGUCAACGUGAACGCGCAGAGCGGAAACAAACGGAGGCGCGUUGCAGCAGCAGUGCACAGCUGCAGCCCACACACACCUCCUCCCCUGCCCCACCAGCCAGUUCAUCGUGUGAGACAGUUCGUCAGUGAGCGACUGACUGCCGCUGCUGAGGAAAUAUUCAGAGUAUUUGAAGAAACUUUAUCAGAGUAUGAGGAGGAGAUCAUCCGUCAGCGCAGGCUGCUGGAUAUCGUCCUGAAGCCCGACAUAAAACUACACAAGACAGAUCCCCCACAUCCAUCAAUAUGUAUAGAAGGGGUUCCUCUUUAUCAGGAGAGGAAGACCAGGCUGGACCAAGAGGACCCAGAGCCUCCACAGAUUAAAGAGGAACAGGAGGAACUCUUCACCAGUCAGGGGGAAGAGCAAUUUGCACUGCAGCAGCACACUGAGUCUUUGAAGAUGAGUCCUCCUUAUGAAAGAAGCGACUACAUUGAAGAACAGACUCUUCUUUUUGAUCCUGUCCAAACUCAGAGUGCAGUAGUGAAAGAACCUCAGUCCGACAGUUCAGAUGAACGGACGCAACUUGAACCUGACAGAAUACGCUCAGUAGUCACAGAACCUAACAGUGACCCUGACCAGCAUGUUAAAGCAGUUGACCCGUUGUAUUCGUGCACUAUUUGUGGAACGAAUUUCAAAAUGAGUGCAGACUUGAAACGGCACAUGAGGACUCACACAGGAAAGAAACCUUACAGCUGCAAGUUUUGCAAGAAGGAGUUCGCUUUCAGCUCAUCUGUGUCGAGGCACAUGCGGGUGCAUACAGGGGAGAAGCCUUAUGAAUGUCCUUUGUGUGGGAAAAGAUUUAACGUCAGCACAACCUUGAAAGUCCACUACAGAAUCCACAUGGGCGAAAGGCCUUAUAAAUGCAAGACUUGUGAAAGGAGUUUCACUACCUGCUCCAAUCUGAAGAAACAUGUGGCUCUACAUAAUAAAGCUGCAGAGAGUAAACCUGUUCAAAGCUGUCACUUAAUAACAGAUAUUACAGAAAACCACAAUGAAUUGGUGUAGGCUGUUUAUUUAUUUUUAUAAAUUUUCAAAACUGAAUGUUGUGGCAAGACAUAAUUGAAGA